GUUAGCUUGCUUUCUCCUUCUAGCUCUGUCCUUUGGCUAAUGGGAAAGGCCACGCAGAAGCUAUGGAGUUGCUUUUUGGGCUUGACAAAAGUGCAUAGAUAGAAGACAGGGAUUCCUGGCUGGGAGGAGGGAGGAGAGCUGAAGAUCUCUGCCUGGGCUGGCGGAUCUGAGCAGUCCAAGUGGGAAGCUGUGUGCUUGAAAGAGGAUUAUGCUCGCACUAGAAAUAAGCAGUAAGUGAGCGAAUAACCAUUAUGGCUUAGAAAAGGAUUAAUCCCUCUGGGGUUAUGGGGUGAACUAGAAAAUAUUGCUUAACUCUAGAGUAAAGCUGUAAGUCUUCUGACUCUGUGUAGAGUUGUGUGCUGUUUGGAGACUGGGGCUUAAAUACAAAAUCAGAGCUCGAAACGCCUCCUCCCACUCUUGGAAAAUGCCAACUUCUUCUUAGAGUAGUUGUGCAUAUAAUCUCCUUCCCUGACCUAGCCUCUUCCCAGGAAAAUACACUCCUAAAUCAGCUAGGGAGUUGGGAUUAAAUUGGAAAGGUGGAAUUUGGUAGUGAUAGAAUUGCAGUCUUGAAUUGUGCUCGGUGAAUGCCGACAUUGUUAUACCAGUUAGCAGUGAUUUGUACAUCACUUAGAAAUCCUGGGGUGGGGCAUUACAAAGGGAAAAUUGAGUGCUUUUAUGAGAAAGAGGCUGAAGGGUCCAUAUGCGAAGGAUGAAAUAUAAAAAGGUAUAUAAUUAAUAAUAGAUGGAGGGUUUUCAAAGGCAUUAAACUAGACCAGCCUCCAGGGAACCUAGAAGUAUGACGAUGAAAAUUAGUUAGAAAGGAAGAAAUUUUACUUUCAGUGGUUUUUUUCUGCUAGCCAAAAAUUUCACAAUGAUUACAAAGUCAAGACAAUGAUUCAGGGAUACUUCAGUUAUUGCCAUACAUUAUAAAUACUGUUGCGGGACAAGAUCUGUGGUUCCUUGGUCAGCAAGUUCUGGCAAUGAAACCACUGCCGCUGGUGCAAAGAAUUCUGGGAUGUCUGACAGUGAAAUGGAUGGAAGGACCCACAUUCCAUCUCUACUUAAUGUCCUUUUGUCCAGAAAUCGGGUCAUGCAAAUGAGCUACUUGAAAAGUAAAGAAAAAGGAUAUGGAAAACUAAGCAGUGAUGAAGACCUCGAAAUAAUUGUUGAUCAAAAGCAGGGAAAAGGCUCUAGGGCGGCAGAUAAGGCUGUUGCCAUGGUGAUGAAGGAGAUACCGAGGGAGGAGUCUGCUGAAGAAAAGCCCCUCCUAACUAUGACAUCACAGCUGGUGAAUGAGCAGCAAGAAAGCAGACCCCUCUUGAGUCCCUCCAUCGAUGACUUUCUCUGUGAAACCAAAUCGGAGGCAAUAGCAAGGCCAGUAACGUCCAACACAGCCGUAUUGACCACAGGCUUGGAUCUCCUUGACCUGAGUGAACCUGUCUCUCAAACCCAAACCAAAGGCAAGAAGUUGGAGGCCUCAUCAAAAACCUCAUCCCUCAAGAAAAAGGCUGAUGGAUCCGAUCUCAUCAGUGCAGAAGCUGAGCAGAGAGGCCAGCCUCUCCGAGGCCCAGAGACAUCAUCUUUAGAUUUAGACAUUCAAACACAACUGGAAAAAUGGGAUGAUGUUAAGUUUCACGGAGAUCGAAAUAGCAAGGGACAUCAAAUGGCGGAGAGAAAAUCAUGCUCAUCUAGAACUGGAUCAAAAGAACUCUUAUGGUCCUCAGAGCACAGAUCUCAACCAGAGCUAAGCGGAGGGAAAAGCGCCCUGAACUCUGAGUCAGCUUCCGAGUUGGAAUUAGUGCCUCCAGCACAGGCUCGACUGACCAAAGAACAGCGCUGGGGAAGUGCAUUACUUUCCAGAAACCACUCCUUAGAAGAAGAAUUUGAAAGGGCAAAAGCAGCAGUGGAGUCAGAUACAGAGUUUUGGGAUAAGAUGCAGGCAGAAUGGGAAGAAAUGGCUCGGAGGAACUGGAUAUCAGAGAACCAAGAAGCUCAGAACCAAGUUACAAUCUCGGCCAGUGAGAAGGGAUAUUACUUUCAUACUGAAAAUCCCUUCAAGGACUGGCCUGGAGCAUUUGAAGAAGGCUUAAAAAGACUGAAGGAAGGGGACCUGCCCGUUACCAUCCUGUUCAUGGAAGCAGCGAUUCUUCAGGACCCCGGAGAUGCAGAGGCAUGGCAGUUCCUUGGGAUAACCCAGGCAGAGAAUGAAAACGAACAAGCAGCUAUUGUCGCCCUCCAGAGGUGUUUAGAAUUACAGCCCAACAACUUGAAAGCUUUGAUGGCCCUGGCGGUGAGUUACACUAACACGGGCCAUCAGCAGGAUGCCUGUGAGGCUCUAAAGAAUUGGAUUAAGCAAAACCCAAAGUACAAAUACCUUGUGAAGAGCAAGAAGGGAUCUCCAGGCCUUACCCGGAGGAUGUCCAAGUCUCCAGUUGAUAGCUCUGUUUUGGAAGGAGUUAAGGAAUUAUAUCUGGAAGCUGCCCACCAAAAUGGAGAUAUGAUUGACCCAGACCUACAGACAGGCCUGGGGGUACUGUUCCACCUGAGCGGAGAAUUUAAUAGAGCUAUCGAUGCAUUUAACGCUGCCUUAACUGUUCGGCCAGAGGAUUAUUCGUUAUGGAACCGGCUGGGGGCGACACUAGCGAACGGUGACCGCAGUGAGGAAGCCGUGGAGGCCUACACGCGUGCCCUGGAGAUUCAGCCGGGCUUCAUCCGAUCCAGAUACAACCUGGGCAUCAGCUGCAUCAAUCUGGGCGCCUACAGAGAAGCGGUCAGCAAUUUUCUCACUGCCCUCAGUUUGCAAAGAAAGAGCAGGAAUCAACAGCAGGUCCCUCAUCCUGCGAUCUCUGGAAAUAUCUGGGCCGCCCUCAGAAUCGCACUCUCUCUGAUGGACCAACCGGAACUCUUCCAGGCGGCUAAUCUCGGCGACCUGGAUGUCCUCCUACGGGCUUUCAACUUGGAUCCUUGAAGGAAAAGAAAGCAAUUAAAAAUAAUAAAUCCUUGUCUGUGUGAUUGUACCGAGAAAUGCAAAACUAUUUUAUUAUGAAUUCAAAAAAAGAAAAAAAAGGACAAACCAGACGUCCAAAAGGCCAUGGUGAGAUAACACAAGGGAAUUCCUACAGACAAUGCCCAGGCUCUGUUCAGAUUCAAAAGCACAAAAUGUUCUAUAUAGCGUCAAGGUUGGGCUCAAAAGAAGAACUGAGAGACACAAAGACAAACCAAGAUGAAAUAACGGUGUGUGAAUACUCUUCCCGACCUGCAAGCAUACUCAAAACAUGUCCUGUGGGGGGUUUUGUCCCCAUUCGCAGCCGAUACAUAUCUAAGGAACUUGCUCAUGGGACACGGGGAGAAAGGAAGCACUGCCUCUGAUCAGGGAAUUCUGACUGUUUCUGAACUAUCCCCCGCAACUCUCCCUUUUACAACAUAGAUAGUUCGGGUCAAGGUGCAUGCACAUAUAUUAACUCUUGACUAAAGAGAGGCGUUGCUUAAACCUGUUCCAAUUUUAACUUUUACUGUAGCCCUUCGAUUCCAGAGAGGGAGCUUUGCUGGCAAAAGCGGUUUUUGCACUAGAAAUUUUUGCUGUUCCCAAUCAAAACUUUUCUGGGACUGUAUAUAUGCACUUUAAUAUCUUAUUUAUGCCUUGCUGGAGUUUUGUUUCGUUGCUCCAAUUUUUAACUUAGGGGUGAAAGACUUGAGAACUCGGCCUUGCUAGAUCAAUGGACCAAAUAAAAAUUCCUGAAAACAGUUUUUCAUAGUGUAGAGUUUUGAAGGAGUUUUUCUUAAAGCAGGUAUGACAUAGGGUGUAAAUAGGUCAAACAGAUUUUACUCACAUGCUUUUCUGGGAUUGUAUGAACUUAAGCAAAGGAAGACGUACUGUCCCGUCAUGCAUUCUCUGCAGGGAGGAAUUUUGAUGAUAACGUGAUUUCUAUAGACUUAACAUUAACUUGCUUAAAUGUCAUAUUUUACUUGCUUUCUAACUGCCCUGCACACCAAUAUAUUCCUUUUAAACCAUUAAUAUUUUAAAUAGUAUUUCGUAAGAGUGAUACAUUUUUUCCCUAAAAAUUAAGUGUUUUCUUAGUUCCAUAAUAAUCUGCACUGCACAACCUUUUGCAUUCUAAGUGAUAGAAGAUCAAUAUUUUCUAGCUCAAUCUCACUGAAUGUCAGAGGUUUACUAUGAAAGAUGCAUGCCUUUUGGCUCUCAUUUUGAAUAUUUAUCAAGUAUCAGGAAUUUUCUGUUGGUGGUGGUUUUAUUUAAUUGACACAUUCUGCUCACUUCUUAAUGGUGUGUUGUGCCUGUUGGGGCUUGGUGAUUAUUUGGAAUGACAUCAUUUUUUUAAAGAAUUAAAAAAGUUGUUUGCAAAAUGCUGACAAAAAUAUAGUAUUGCCAGUGUCCAAUUCUAGCAACUGGUCCUGGUAAGUGGUCCCAUUCUUCUUUGUCUUUUCUCCUUCCUUCCUCCAGAAUCUUCCCCAAAGCAAUCCAAUCCCAAUUUUUUCCUCACGUUCUUUGGUUAAUAGUAGCUGGUUGCUCUCAUGAUGAUAGUUACCAAGCAAACAGCAUUUGAGUCAAGACAGUUUAAUUGACUGGGGAGUUAGCUUCUCCUGAGGGGAAAAGUGCAGGUAGAAAUCCUCUCCUCUGUUACCUCAGAAGUCCCUCCGGUAGGAAGGGACCUCAAGGAACCACAAAACCACAAGUCCUUGAGGUUUACGUACGUUAUAACAACAGAGAGUUUUUUUAAGCUUAUAAGGACAAAGAGUUUAUCAAAUUUAUAAGGACAAAAGAGUUGAGGGCCCAAUGGUGUGCCAAGCUUUCGUCUUUCUUGUUGAAGCUCACUAGGGCAAAGGUGGUGCCCCCAGCUGGACAGCAGGAGACAGAGACAGUAAGGCAUUUCACCAUUGGGCAGUGGUGACAACCCAGUCUUUGCAUACUUCCCUCCAGUCUCAGAAGCAAACAAAGCUGAACAAAAUUUUCAAGAAUAUUGUUUAGAAUUUUAGAAUCUUAAAAUUCAGUCGAGGAAGGACUUUGGGGCCAGCCUCCAAGUUCAUGGCAGCUGGCUGCUUAGAUAUCCCCAAUAGAAGAGCAUCCAUUCUCUGCGCAUUCACUGGCUGGCAAGCUGCUUUGCAUCCGUCCUAGUCCACUAGGAGCCUCUGAACACAGGAUUCAAACACAGGUUUCUGUUAUGAUGCCGUUCUAUACUUUCAACAGAAACUGAAUUUGCAAUAUUAACAUGACGUCAGUUAACAAUUUAAAGCCUAACUAUAGGGUAAGUGCAGGAUACUUUAAUUUGAUUGUUGUUAAGUGGUGGAAAAUUUUGCAGCCCAAGUUGUAUUUUGCUGUCAGAAUACAAAGUGACUUCAGAGGAGAGUAGAUAAUUUUCCAUUCCCAUCAUAAUGUGAUAAUUUGCAGAACAUUCAAUAGGACUUUCUCCAGUAUGCCUAGAGUCUAUCAGAACCAAGAUUUUCAUAGUGGUUGCCUCUCAGGAAGUGCAGAACUCUUGCCCAAGAUAUUUUUCAACGAUAUUUUUAAAUAAAAUUAAGUAAAAACAGUUACUAAAAAACAAGUGAAAGUUUAUAGAAAUCAGAGCACCACCAAAAAUUAGUAAGAUGAUAGAACAGUCUUUAUUGUAUACAUUGUUAAGUAUACACACAUUCUUUUAAGGCAGAACUGUUUUGGGUAUCUUACCCUGGUGGUUUGAAAUUGACAUUUAAAUUACUUCUUUCCAUUUCAAAGGGCAAGGUGUCCUCGUUGCCUUUCUGAGGCACCUGGAAAGGCUUUGAGUUUCUUUUUUCUUGUAUUACUGAAUAUGUAAGCAAGCCUAUGAUGCCUUAGAGGAUACUACUGUUUUACUGGAAUGGCUGUUCAGAUGCUUAGAUGUAUCUUUCAAGAACUGAAAGCCAUUGCUGAAUUUCAAAAUAUGUUAUAGUUAUGUCUAGGGGGCUGUUUCCACAUGUUGCUGUACCUUAACAGUGGGGAAGAGGUAGAGGAAUAAGGAAGAGAAACAGCAAAGCCCCUUACUGGGCCCAUCAUACUGAGUCAUCAUUCCCUUUGCUUUCUCUGAAGAUCGUUCCCCAUGACUCCUAGAAAAAGAGACAGCUCUUGUCCACCAGGAAACUUUAACAGAAAACUAGCAGCUGUGCUUUCUCAGCCAAUCUGCAUUUCAACUGGAAUGGCCAAUUAGUGAUACUUAACCAGGCUGGAAUGUCUAGGGCACACUCACAUUCAGAGUUUUAUGCCACUCUUCUUCUUUACUGUAAAGAGAACUAUUGUGUUGAAUCUUGGGUCCAUGUUUAGGAACUUAAACUAGAUAAAUCUUUCUAGAACAUUCUUGCUAUACAAGCAAGACUUGAACCAAACUAUAGCUAGCCCAACAUAUAACAGGAGCUCCUAAGCUCUGUUCCCUAUCCUUUAUCCGUGAGUUCUUUGGGGAUAGAAAAAGAAAACAAGAUGGUCAUUUUGUGUCCCUUCCUCAUUUGCCCCUGAAUCAGUUCUACAAGACUGGACUGUACUUUAAGUUCAUUGUUGCUGUUGUUUUACACCUUGAAAUGAUUCUGAAAGCAUUCUAGAAACAGAAGGCUUAAUUCGUGUGCCAUCUUUUUCGAGGCCUCAUAUUUUAGAAAUUGUUAAACAUGAACACACAUGAUUUCAACUUUGUAAAAUAAUUGCAAAUUCAUUCCCUUUCUAGAUUUCAUUGCACAUUUUCCCUGUCAUCUCAGUAUUUAUAGAACGGGUUGAAAUUAAACUGUUUUGAACUAAGAAGUAGAUACAUAUAUUUUUUUAAAGAGUGUUCAUAGAUGAACUCUGGCAUAAGGUUUGUAAAAAGGCAAUUUUUAAAAAAUAAAACAUAUAACCUCAGGUACAAAAUAACGCAUGCAUUAGUACUUGCAAAUCUGCCUAUUCAAAUAUUAACCAAAGCAUGCAAGAUAAACUCUACUGAAUGUAAAUUUACCCAGUGCAUGAUUAAGUCUCAUAGGUUAGCUUAUUUUUCCUGGCUUCCAAACAAGGAAGCAUUUUCAUGAACUUUGCGUUAAAGUUGUACUAUUUGAGUUUAAUAUCUUAUCCUCGGGAUUGUUUUCAUGCUACCACACUGAACUUUACAGAUAUUCACACAUCUGGCGAAUGCAAUGCUGCCGCCAGUGCCAAAUGAAUCUACUGAGAAAUCCAGGUACUUAAACAUUUAAACAAUUUUUAAAAAACCAGUUGAGGCACAACAGAUCCAAAACUCCAACAAAGUCCCUAUGUCUGAAUGCUACCAUACAAAAGUAUGUUGAUUGCCUCCAUAGAACCCAUUUGGGUUCUAAAUUCUGAAUAGUGCAUUUCAAAUAUUUUCUGAAAUUCAGGAAGUUAGAAAUACUAACAUUCUAAAAAAGGUGGGGAGUCAGGGUCAUGUCAGGCACAUGAAAACCAUCAUAAGGCAAAGUGGACAGGGGAACUUAAUUUCCACAAAUGUUAAGCAGUGUGUGUAGGGUGUUGCAUCCUUGUCCUCAACAUGGCCCCAUUUCUAUGACAAAUCAGUGAACUAUGUCUAAAAACACUGAAAUUCAGGGAUGAUGAGGUGAUUUCAUGGUCACUCAGAACCAACUUGGAAGUCCUCUCACUGCUUUUUUCUGUAACCCUUGUUUUAUGAAAAAAAUAUGGACAAGAAGACCAGAGAAUGGAGGGAGCAAAACUCAGUAGGACAAACUUCUGUUAGUAACAGCUUUGUCACCAUCCCAUAUACCCCCAAACACAGACAUGUAAGCUCAAAGACAGAAAUCCUCAAACGUGCAGCAAAGACUCUCAUGUGGAGGCAUUAAACAGUUAAGAGGAGAAAACCCAAAAAACUAAAGUGUGAGGUUAACCAAACUCUCAUGUGGUAUUUUGCCUUGAAUAAGGUUUCCACUACCGGCAACCUCUGCAGAAAUACCAAAAUAAUGCACCCUGGAGACAAGUGCCCCAAUCCCAGAACUGUGUUCUCAGGACCUUCUCUACAAGAGAAAAACAACUUGCAAUGAGCAGAGUGUGAUAGCAAAACCCUGCCAUGGUUUUUAGCUCAUGGGGACACUUUUAGAAACCUGCAUUCAAAACAAUAUUAAGAUGAAAAAAAAGGAACAGCAGGCAGUUCGUUGCUCAACAAGAAAAUGUUGUCUUUUUUUUUUUUCUUCGAAUUUCCAGGAGAGGGGAAAUGAUAUGACCCAAAAUAGAAAAAAAUGGUAAGAAAUAUACAUAUGCACUCAACUAGGUAGUCUGACAUUUUCACUGGGAGAUAUAAAAAUUUUGCAUAGAUACCAUAAAAGAAUUGUGCAAUGUGAGAAAUGUUCAUGAUUGAAUAUAUUGCCAAUAUCUAAAGGAAAUAAAGCAAACCUAAAUUUACCGACAUCCUUUCAGUUUCCCACGUAUCACCUCACUGAAACCCUCUUCAACUUUCAUUGCCCAGAUUUGUUUACAUUGGUUGAAAAAAAAAAAACCCGAUUAAUUUAAUAAACUUUUUACAAACUAUAACAAGCAUUUAUUAACUAUUUAGAAAAGAUGUUUCUAUAUAUUUUGUAUAUCUAUGAAUAUUGCAUAUCUAGUCUAAUCUAAAGAUAUUGAGACAAAUUCUUCUGUGAUGCUUCUUUAUGCUCAAUAAUGUUUAAAAUCUUGGGAUUCCAUUUUUAAGUUAAAAUAGGUAACAAACAUAAAAUUUAACUUUAAAUGUUUACAUUGAGUUUUUAAAUUAAAACCAACCCAAAUUAAGUGACCUAUAGUAAAUUAAUGACAAUGGGGUGGGGGCAUAAAAGUUAUGGGCAUAUUAUGUGAUAAUGUAUCUGUGUAUUUAGUGAAAUAUUAUGUAUCAUAGCACAACUCUGUUGGAUAUUAAGGCUUCAUCUUAGUAUUUCAUUGCAUUGCUCUUUGAAAUAAAACUACUACCAUAAAAACAACUUCUUAUCAUAUUGAUGUGUUUAAUUUAAUUUACUCCUUUGGCUUAUAAUUUACAAAGUACCAAGAUUAAGGUAGUAUUUUUGUACUAUUAUUGGAAGCAUGCCUUCCCUUUUUCACAUUACUAAACUGUAUUUAUAUUUGUGCAAUUUUAAACUAUGUUUUCAAAUAAACUUUGUCUGUGGC